CCCGGCUCUAGCCGCGCGGCGCAGGCGCAGUGGCGGCGGCUGGAGGAGCCGCCAUGGCGGAGGGCGAGGGUCUAGUCUCCGUGGAUUACGAGGUGUCCGGCAAGGUGCAGGGCGUUUUCUUCCGCAAGUACACCCAGAGAGAGGCGAAGAAGCUGGGACUCGUCGGCUGGGUCCAGAAUACUAGCCAUGGCACGGUGCAGGGCCAGGUCCAGGGUCCCGCUGCCAGGGUGCGGGAGCUGCAGGAAUGGCUCAGGAAGAUAGGGAGCCCCCAGUCCCGCAUCAGCCGGGCAGAGUUCAGCAACGAGAAGAAGAUCACGGCGCUGGAGCAUAAGGACUUUGAGAUUUUGAAAUAACUCUGCCCAGGAAGGAGCAAAAUGUGGAGCAUGAGCUGCCCUUAGAACAUUGUCCCUCUUCCCCCGUUCAGCCAAUGUUCGGCUCUAGAGAAAGUUUAUUUUGUUACAUCCCUAAUUUAUUUGUUUAUUGUACUGUUAGUCUAACUCUCAGCCUCUCACAAAAUUUUGACGGGUAGAGCUGUGCUGGUUUUAUAAAGCGGCUGUUUGGGGACACAGCCUCUUUAUUUCUUGAAUGUUUGUGUAGAGUGUGGUUUGAGUAGUUGUACGCGGGUAAAAUUGGUGUUAUAUUUGUAUAGUGUUAUAUAGUGUUAUAUUUGUAUAGUGUUGCGCUCAUGUAAAGGGAAUAGCGGAAUCGAUGCUGAUACAAAAAAUGGCUAAAAUCACUAUUGCUGUGCCCUAGCUGUCUCGGAAGCAAUCUAUUUUUUUCUCCCAGAACUUUAUUCUUUAGAAUAAAAUUGCUCUGAAGCUCG